AUGUGUUCAUGUCCUUUUAUUCUUUGUUCCAGGAGCAUUAGCGGAGAUUUCAUAAUCAAGGAUUCCAACAUCUCAACCUGGGAGACUACCAUCACAGCACAAAAUGGAAGCAUCUACACUGAUUCUUCACAAUGUGAAAUCUUGUCGCAAGCCAUGAUUUACCUUUCCCUCGUCUUUACCCUAGUUGGGAUGCCAGGAAAUGCCAUUGUGUUGUGGAUUCUGGGCUUCAACAUGCGCAGAAAUGCCUUCUCUGUGUACAUCCUCAACCUGGCUAUGGCUGACUUUCUCUUCCUGAGUUUUAAAUUUGUACAUUACCUUUUAUAUAUCAUUAACAUCUCCUCCAUUUUUAUCAAGAUCCCUAUAUUUCUUUUUGUUGUGCAAACACUUUCCUAUAUUUCUGGUCUGAGUUUCCUCAGUGCCAUUAGUGUUGAGCGCUGCCUGUCUGUUUUGUGGCCCAUCUGGUAUCGCUGCCGACGCCCAAGGCACACAUCAGCUGUCACAUGUGCCUUGCUUUGGGCUAUAUCCCUGCUCUUGAGUCUCCUGCAUGGAGAGGCAUGUUUCUUACUUUUUAAUAACAAUCUAUUUUUGUCAUGUGAGACAUUAAAUUAUAUCUCAGAUUAUUGGUCAAUUGUUUUAUUUGUGGUUCUCUGUGGGUCCAGCCUCAUCCUGCUGGUGAGGAUCGUCUGUGGCACACAGAGGAUCCCUGUUACCAGGCUGUUUAUGAUCAUUAUGCUCACAGUGCUGUUCUUCCUGAUCUUUGGUCUCCCCUUCGGGAUCUACUUUCUCCUCCAAAAAUGGUUUGGAAAUCUGAAUGAUGGUAAUAUGUGUCAUCUUUUUGUGACAGUAUUUCUAUACUGUGUUAACAGCUCUGCCAACCCCAUCAUUUACUUCUUCAUUGGCUCCAUCAGGCACCAAACGUUCCAGCGGAAGUCUCUGAAGCUGUUUCUUCAGAGAGCCAUGCAGGACACUCCUGAAGAGGAAGGUGGAGAGAGGGCCUGUUCAAGAAAGGCUGAAGAACUUGAAACACUGUAG